GGCUAUUAGUUGUGGUGCAAUAGAACCUCCAUGUUCAGAGGCUCCCAGAUGUUGGAGGCAGGCAGCUGUAACUUUCCAGUUACUUUUCAGUGCGUGGUUACAGAGGUUACUUUCCAGUGCGUGGAGCUGACUACUGUGAGGACCAGGGUGUUGGAUGAGACAAACCUUUGGUUUGACCCACUGGGGUUUUGCUAGCCUUCUGAAAGGCACAGGGCAUAUAGUUACCUUAUCCUCAAUUUAAAAAUAGAAUCCAGUCUUCCUCCACCCUUUCUUUGUAUCAUUUAAGGAGGCUCUUAAGUAUUUGGGAAAGAAACAGACAGGUUGCACGUGAGAAAUCCUGAAACACAGAAGCAAACAAGCCUGAAAAGAGCCAGAAGCUGAUGGGUGGGGUGGACGGUGGCCAUCUAAAAUACAUUCGGUUUCAUGGCUACCUUUGUUCUCGUUGCCGUGGACUACAAUUCCCAAAAUCCUGUGCAAGUAAAAUUUAUUUAUUUAUCAUAUGGCAAGGCAAAGAGACCCAUGGACGGAUUCACACGACUGAGUGCGCCCCUUUGUGUUUGUUUGGGUGGUGCCUAGAGAGGAUGGGGGGAAAGUGGCGUGCAAGGCGAGUCUCCUGCUGGGACGCGUGGGUCGGAGUUGCCCCUUGUUCCUAAGAGAGACUUACGAGACGCUUGUCCUCCAGCUCCUUUUCCCCAGGUCGGAGGAGGAAUUUGGCUUUCGCGCGGCUGCAGUGGUCCCAGGUCUGAUGAAGGCUGGAAAGAAACAAGUACUUUGGGACGUGAAUGACUUGCCUGUGAGAUUCUGCUUUCUUGUGUGAGAACUCAGAGACAGAGAAGAUGAACUGGGGGAAUCCUCUCUCAGGACUCCCAGUGUCCUUUGAGGAGGUGGCUGUGUUCUUCACAGAGGAGGAAUGGGCUCUGCUGGAUCAUGUCCAACAAGCUCUGUACUGGGAAGUCAUGCAGGAGAAUUGCAAGAUGGCAGCAUCUCUGGGACUCUGGGUUCCUGGACCAUUUUUUGAUGUGCAACACCAUCUAAGAGAAAUGUGGUUCUUCCAGAACUGUGAGGAAUCGGGAGGGUGUGCAGCUAUCCCCUUGUCAGGAUGUACGUCAGAGAGAGAGUUGUCUUCAGAAAGAGACAAGGAUCUGGAGCCUUGGGAUCAAGAUGGACCUCUGAGGCCAAUGAAAAGAAAACAGAAGCAAAGAAAGGAAUUGGUUGCCUGUCAGGGCAGAAACGUGUAUGCAAUCCCAGUCCAGGGCAAAAUACAAAAAGAAAAUGGAAGGAAUAAGUGCCCCUUGAAAGGGAUAAAGUCUAGCUGUGUAUCAAGUGUAAAGAAAGACCAGAAAAUUCAAACAGGUAAGAAAACAUAUAGCUGCUUGGAUUGUGGGAAGUGUUUCAGACGGAAGGAUACCCUAGCUUUACAUCAGAGGAUUCACACAAGGGAGAAGCCUUAUAAAUGCUUGGAGUGUGGAAGGGCCUUCUAUCACAGGAGCCAUUUCACUGACCAUCAAAGGAUUCACACAGGAGAGAAGCCAUACAAAUGCCUGGAGUGUGGAAAGAGCUUCAAUCGGAAGGACAACCUUGCUAUGCAUCAGAAAGUUCACAUGGCAGACAAGCCACAUAAAUGUUUGGAGUGUGGGAAGAGCUUUAGCUGGAAGUGUAGCCUUACUUUACAUCAGAGGAUUCACACAGGGGAGAAGCCAUAUAAAUGCUUGGAGUGUGGAAAGAGUCUUUCUCACAGUGGCGACUUUGCUAAACAUCAGAGGGUUCACACAAGGGAGAAGCCAUAUAAAUGCUCACAGUGUGGAAAGACAUUCUCUCAGAGGAGCAACCUCACUAACCAUCAACAGAUCCACACAGGAGAGAAGCCCUAUAAAUGUUCAGAAUGUGGGAAGAACUUCAGACAGAGAUGCCACCUGACUUCACAUCAGCUCAUUCACACUGGGGAGAAGCCAUUUCAGUGCUCAGAUUGUAGCAAGAGCUUUUCUAAUACAUCAGAACUCACUAAACACCAGAGGGCUCACACUGGGGAGAAGCCCUAUAAAUGCUUGGAGUGUGGGAAGAGUUUCCGAAGGAGCGGCCACCUUAUCUCACACCAACAGGUUCACACUAACAAGAAGUCAUUUAAUUGCUCAGAUUGUACCAAGAGCUUUUCUUAUCAAUCAAGCCUUAAUAAGCAUAAGAGGAUUCACACAGGGGAGAAAAUGUAAAAAUGCAUGGAGUGUGGAAAGAUCUUCAAAUGGAGAGUAAACCUUGCUUCACAUCAACUUGUCCACACUGUGUGGAAACCAUUUGAAUGUCCAGACUGUAGCAAGAACUUUUCUACUGAAGCAAACCUUACUAAACAUCAAUGGUUCACAUUAGGCAGAAGCCCU